AUGCUCCGAAAACCAAGUCUACCCGAAAAACAAGAAGUUGAUCAGGAGAAACAAGCGAUCGACGAUGAACAGGCGCCUCUUCACUGUGUCAUGCCAAACGGCGAAAAGACUUUCGUAAUUAUGGUGGGAUCUUUUGCGGCCCUGUUUUCACCUCUCUCCAGCAGCAUUUAUCUGCCAGCGCUCCCCAUCCUUGGCUAG